UGGAGAACUGCAGAGGCCAGUUCAUCGCCAGCGACUGUGUUACCGUAGAUGAAGAGCUUGUGCCAUUCCGAGGCUGAUGCAAAUUUCUCCAGUACAUGCCCAGCAAACCUGCGAAGUACGGGCUAAAAAUCUUCUGGAUGUGUGAUGGAAGGGUACCUUAUGCAAUAGAUGGAAUUGUCUAUACUGGGAGACAGCCAGGAGAGGAGGCGCACAGGAACCUUGGAGCGGAUGUUGUACACCAGUUGUGCAGUACCAUCACUGGGACAGGUCGCAACAUCACAGUGGACAACUUCUUCACCAGCGUGCCUCUUGCUGCUAGUCUCCUCGAGGAAAACCUUACCAUCGUUGGAACACUUCGUCAGAACAAGCCAGACAUCCCACCUAUCAUGAAGCCAUCCAGAUCAAGGGAGGCUUGUAGCUCAGAAUUCGGAUUUAAUGGCGGCAUGACCAUGGUGAGCUAUGUGCCGAAGAAAGGAAAGGCUGUUAUCCUCUUGAGCACUAUGCAUCAUGACAAAGCAGUGGCUGACACACCCAAGAAGAAACCAGAAAUCAUCAUCUACUACAACAGGACAAAAGGAGGGGUGGACUUAUUGGAUCAGAUGGUGAGCAACUACACAUGUAAGCGGAGAACACGCAGGUGGCCUUUGGUGCUCUGGUACAAUAUGUUGGAUGUGGCGACUCUGAAUGCAUACACAAACUACACUCUAGAACAUCCGGAUUACCAUGCUGGUCUGAGCCACACACGCAGGCUAUUCAUCAAAGAAUUGUGCAAAGAGCUUGUCAUGCCACACAUGACGAGGCGCCUGGCAGAAACGCUGAAUCUCCCAAAAAUAUUAUUCAAGCAAUGGGAAGAUGUGGGUUACAAAAAGAAUAUGCAGCCACCACUGAACCACAAGAUGACAUCAGCCAAGCACGCCAAACGAAGAGGAAGAGAAAGAGGUGCGCUAUCUGCCCAUGUUCCAAAGACAGAAAAACUACAAUCUACUGUUCCAAGUGCAGCCGGCCUGUGGGCAAGGAGCACAGAAAUGUAGAGGUCACCUGUGAUUUGUGCAAAGAUUAAGAUGACAAUUUACGCUCAAGUGAUGUGACAAAAUUGCUAAUAAACAUGUUGAAUAUAUUCUGUUUGGUCCCACUCACUGCAAAGGAUCACACAGAGUCAUAGAACGACAAAAUUCAGCAGUCAGUGUAAUAAUAAACAUGUCUAUUCAGCCCUUUCAGUCAAAGUGCUGUACAUAGAAAUAAAAACAAUAAAAACAGUAAAAC